CCCCAAGGAAGCCUACAGCAGUUUAUGUGUCAAAAAUAAGUGACAAAAUGUAUAAUGUGUCUUGGUUAAUUGAACAGCCUCAGGAAUCUGUUAAUGUAACUGUGUUUUGGUGCCUGAAUCAGAUUACCUCUUCUAAAAUUGAAUGCAGAGAUGAAGGUGAAUGGAUUACAGUUGCAAAUGAAGGUUAUGUUUUGGUAAAUUACAGUUUUGAACAACUGCCUGUUUUUGCUGCUCAUGUCAGCACAGAAGAAGGGAGAAGUUCUUUAACAAAAGCAGAAUGUAUAUUCAUGCCUAGAAAAUCCAUAAAACCUCAGAAACCUUAUGUUUAUUGGUCAGAAACUAAGUUUUCUCUUACAUGGCCUACUCUGCAAUGUUCGGACUGGAAUGGUAUACCCAUUGCUUAUGUGCUGCAUUAUGCAGAGGGUAAGAAUUGUGAAAAUGGUAAGAGGAAAGAAUUUCCAGUGAAUGAGACAAAAGCAGUUGAAAAUGUUGUCAUCAUCAAUGGCCUAUCACCAGACACAGAAUAUUCAGUAUGUAUACAAGUGAAGACAAAGCAUGGACUAAGUCUAAUGAGUGACACCAUAACAGGAGUAACUAAAGACACAGAUUUGAGUGAGAUUUACCUAUAUUCGUUCAUGUUGUUGGCGACAGUUCUAUUAAUUACAUCAGGCUUGUUUAUAUAUAUUAGGAGCCACUGCAAGUAUGUUACAGCAAUUGAAGUUACCACAAUAGACAGGGUUCCCAGUUACACUGAUCUGGACUACAAUUACGAAAAAAUUAAAGAGGGUGAAAAUCAGCUAAUGGAUGGUAGUAAAUACACGUUUCAUCAAACUGGUGAAUCAGGUUAUUAUAGUUUCGACAAUUCAUCAGGGACUGAAAAAUCACAUUUUCCAAGUCAAGAAUUUUUAAAGUCAACAAUACAUUUUCCUGAUUAUUUACAAGUUAAUGAACUGACAGGAAAACUUCUGGACAAAUCAAAGGAUGUUGAGAAUAUCAAUGUUAAAACUGCCUUUCUAUGGAGUAAAAUAGAUGAUAUUGAAAAUGUUUCCAAUAAGACAGGCUAUAUUGAUGCAUCAGGAGAUUAUAGGCGGUCAUGUAGGUCUCCUGGGUCAGUCCCCACAUGUUCGGAUGAUAACAUGAAGGAAAAUGUCUCUAGUAGAACAGACUAUGUUGAUGAACCAGAUAGUUCUUUCAGUGAACUUUCAUCUAUGUCAGUCCCCACAUGUUCGGAUGGUAACAUGGAGGAAAAUGUCUGCUGUAGAACAGAUUAUGUUGAUGAACCAGAUAGUUCUUCCAGUGAACUUCUAUCUAUGCCAGUCCCCACAUUUUCGGAUGGUAACAUGAAGGAAAAUGUCUCCUGUAGAACAGAUUAUGUUGAUGAACCAGAUAGUUCUUUCAGUGUGUCAGUUCCCACAUGUGUGAAUGGUAACUUGAUGAAUAUUGUUUCCAGUAGCCCAGAUUAUGUUGAUGAACCAAAUGAUCUUAACAAACUUGUAUCUAAUUCUAUUCCUCCAUGUAAAAAUACAAACAGUAAUGGGAGUAUCACAGAUUAUAUAUUCUCUGAACCAGAUUAUAUUUCAGGAUUCCUCGAAGAAAGCACUAACUCUUAUAAAAGUAAACCUUUGAAAGGACAAAUUUUACAAACUGAAAAUAAAGAAAGUGAUCAGAUAGGAACUUCAAAGUUUAAUGGUAGAACAGACAAAGAAAAUGUAAAAGUGAAUUGUAAUGAUGGUUAUGUACCACAUGAACACGUUGUAGAGGCUAUGGAAUCUUCAUUAGAUGAGGUUCAAGACAAAAAUAUUCAAAACGAAAGACAAGGAAUAUCUCAAAAUCCAACAAGUUCUUGUAAUCUUGUAAAUGCUAAUGUUCAUAAACCAUCAGAUUCUUUGCAAAGACCAGAUAAAGAAAUGGAUAAAAUACAAGACACAGAACAAAUAACAGAGACAUUAGAUUAUGUCAAAACAGAAAGUUUUCUUGGAUAUGUUUCUAAUGAAAUUUCACAUUUAAAAUAAUACUAAAAAAGAAAUUAGAUUUGAAUAUCUUCAGCAUUUUUUUACAGAUAAAUAGUUUUCAAUAUGGAAGGUAUUUGAGUGUAAAAACUACUUGCUUCAAUAUUGCAAUUUACACAAAAAAAUCAUUCCACUUAUAUUUGCUGACCAUGUUUGAUGAUUAACAGAAGAGCAAAAAACACAAAAACAAAUGAAACUAAACACAAAAAUGCACAUGUGAAUGAAGAAAACUUCUAAGCUGUUUAAAUAUUUAAACGUUUUUUUUUUUGUCUCUUUAAACAAAAGCUUCUUGAGUCACCUUUUUGAAACAAUAUUUCAAUACCAAAAAUUUGCAUCUGCUCUUCUCAGCAAUUUAUUUUAAAAGUUGCUAAUAAAAGUCAGCAUUUUUUUUUUUUUUUAAUCGCCCUAUUUUGCAAGAAUUUGGCCCCUCACAGUGACUGCCAGACCUUCAAGAGUUGGGGGUCAACACUGUAAAGUAUCUCUGAGUGGUUGGCGUUAGGAAGGGCAUCCAGCUGUAGAAACUCUGCCAAAUUAGAUUGGAGCCUGGUGUAGCCAUCCAGUUGCACCAGUCCUCAGUCAAAUUGUCCAACCCAUGCUAGCAUGGAAAGCGGACGUUAAACGAUGAUGAUGAUGAUGAUGAUGAUGAUGAUGAUGAUAUAUAUAUAUAUAUAUAUACUUAAAAUAUGCUUAAAAAGCAGUGACAAUAUGUUAUGUUAAAGUUGCUACUGUUGUUUAUUCACUGCUUCUCCAAAGGCUUUCAUUCUUGUCUAUGCAACAACACCCUGGUGACAGAAACAAACAAAGGAAUGACUCUACCUCCAAAUUAUGUCCUCUACCCAAAUGUCCUAAUCUAGCAGACCUACCGACUGACAUACCUGUGUCUUUAUGAAACGAUUCUAUUCUAAACAGAUUUAGCUAAUUUCCUUUAUCUUAAACCAUUUUCAAAUGAAACAAAAAGAAAUUUUGACUAAAAAGAAAAGAAAAAAAAGUCAUAUCCAACAACAAAAGUGAAAAAUUUGAUGCUGCUGCUGGUCAGGCAUUGAUAUUAAUUUUUUUAAUCCCUUUCAGCACAGUCUGAAAUCAAUAAUUAGAAAGACUUUGGAUAGAAUUUAUUGUUAUCUUUUAUUCUAAGAUCACCUGAAGAUGUAAAAUCCCUGCCUAGUUAUAUAAAUUCCUCGGGUAUAUUUUCUCUAUCUUCAUUCCAAGUAGAAGCUACCUUUCAUACAGUUAGGAUCAUCAAAAUAAGGAUUAAUUAUUGGCAUUGAUUAACUCCCAAGUCAGCCUUGAUCAAGUGAAUCUAUGGUCAUUUUUUAAAAUUGAACUAUGCAUCAGACCACAUUUGUCUAAUUCAGUGGUUUUCAACCAUUUUUUUUUUGUCUUUUGUCUGUACACCACUUUGAUUCCUAUUUCACUUGGAUGGACCCUGACAGCCUUUCAUGUUAAAAAAAAGAAUCCUAUUAUAGUUUUAUAAUAAAAUAUUAGAAAUUGUAUUAAAAAAUUGCUGAAAUACAGUAAUCCCUCAACUAUUGUGGGUGUUAUGUCCCCCCCUCCCCCGUGAUAGGUGAAAAUCUGUAAAGUAAAAACAGUACUGUACUGUAUAUUUUUUUAAUUAUUUUUAUAAUUUGUAUAUAUUUAUUUCAUUAUGAAUGCAAAACAACACCACAGAGGAAUCAACGUAAGCUUAAAUAAUAAACUGUGAUAGGUGAACCGCGACAUGGCAAAGGAUUACUGUAUUUUACAUAUUGUAGAAAUAUCACCAAUUUAUUGCACAUAAAUUUUAACAACAGUAUCUUAUAUGGAUCCCCAAGGGUCAUAUGAACCCUGGUUGAGAACCUCUAGUCUAAUGUAUCCUCUCUUUCUCUUUUUGAGAUGAUAAAGUGUAAAUUGAGGGAGAUCUGGCUGCUAUAUCUAGCAGUUUGAACAACCACUCAGUGGCUUCUUAAUUGGCUCAGUGUACUUAUUUCAUUCAGUAGUUGAUUCAAUUAUCUAUAACUCUCUUUUAUAAUGUUGUUGAUUCGUAUAAAGUCAAACUAAAUCAUCCUCACUUAACUAGCAAACUGUAAACUCCUUUCAAGCUUCAAUUUAAUUCUGUGAUUUGUAGUUCAAACCAAUUCACUUCUUUCCUUUUGGCUCUUCCUGCCUUUGGACUAUCAUUCCCCGUCUCUAUGAAUUUGUAAUCCUGUGUUUAAGUAAGAAUACAUUGUAAACUUAGGAGAAAGCUAAGACAGCUGAUAAUAAAAGUAAAUACUGAAUGGGAUUUAUCACUGAGCCCCCACCUCCAUCUCUCUCUUGCUCAUACACCCAGGAUUCCAGUUUCAAAUCCCAUUAGAGGUGACUUCACCUCUACAGUUUAAAUUCUAGGAGAGAGGAGCAAUACCACAAGCACUAGUUA